CAUUCCUCACCCCCCCGCCCAAUGAUCAAGUGACGUGCCACCAAUAUAACCAUUGGCCGGCCAACAGCACUCUUUUGGACUGAGGAAUGGGCAUCAACGUCAGCAGGACGGCCGACCUGGGGUCCAACCAGUGGCUACAGCGCUUCGUUGGACGCCAGCACAUCGCCCACGAUGACGAGGCCUUCUGGAGCGCGCUGCUCAACUAUAACAUUGUGCUGCCGGAGAACAGCCAGGACCAGCUCAACCUGGACAGCCGGCUUGAGGGGCUGUGCCAGUCGUUCAUCGGCAACAACCUUAAGACGGGCAACUUUGGCUCUCUAGUGACCGUCUUUUUGGAGAAGACCAGCGAGCUGCUUUCGCUGUCCGACCAGGAAAGCAACAUGCACGUCUGGCAUACCUUCAACGCGCUCUUCAUUAUCCGUAGCCUGGUCAAGUACAUAAAUGAAACGGGCUCAGAGUUUCAGCUGCUGCAGCACUUCGAGGCGAUGCCCAGCGCCGAGCUUCUCCAGGCGGCCUUGGAGCAGCAGCAACAGACGCCGGCGGAGAGCGCCACCAUUGCCAUGGAAGCCACCGAGCAGUCGGCGGCGGCUGCGCUCCCGGUGAUUGUGGACGGGUCCAAGUUCGAGACAUUUAUCGAUGCGUUGGUUAAUCUGAUCGUUGUGAUCCCCGUAAAAGAGUUCACCUACCACCUGCACCUGGAGGCCGUGAACAUGCUGAUUACCCUGCUGUCGGUGCACCUGUUCGCCCAGCAGCCCACUGAAAAGUCGAUCGUAUUUCGCACAGUCUACAAGUGCCAGCAUGCCAACGUGUUGAUGUCGGCACUCCUGCACUUUGUAGCGCGAAUGGUUGAGGUACCACACACCAUGUUCGGCUCCAGCUCGGCCGGAUCCUUCGUGUUCGGCAUCGCCGAGUCCCUGCUCUCCAUCUUCACGUUUCGCAAGCAGCCGGACGUGCUUAAGACUGGACAAGCUGCCGGUAGUGGCGAGCUCUCGCAGCGAUUUCGCACGCAUUAUCCACUGGCCAACCAGAGUCUGCUGCUGAUCCUGAUCUUGACGAACCACUGCACGGCGCAGGAAAACGCGUACAGAGCCAGUUUGUUUGGCUGCGCCGACUCCAAGGAUUCGCCAAAACAGGGCGCUGUCUCCUUCCAGAUUGACUUCUCGGCGGUCUACGAGACGCUGUGCCUCAUCGUCACCAUUGACCAGGCCACUCUGCUGCUAUAUCUACUGCUCCAUCGCAAUGAGCGCUUCUAUCGCUUCGUCAUGCAGCAACAGGAUCUGGAGCAACUGGUGAUACCUAUUCUCCAGACACUGUACAAUGCCCCUGACAGCAAUUCGCAUCACAUCUACAUGUCGCUGAUCGUUCUGCUGAUCCUAAGUGAGGACGAGGGCUUCAAUAAGAACGUGCACACAAUCAUGCUGAAAAACAUCACCUGGUACACGGAGCGCACCAUAUCGGAGAUAUCGCUGGGCGGCAUCCUCAUCUUAAUUGUUAUCCGCACUAUACAGUACAACAUGCUGAAGAUGCGCGACAAGUACUUGCACACCAAUUGCCUGGCGGCGUUGGCCAACAUGUCUGGCCAUUUCCGUGCCCUGCAUCCCUACGUGGCACAGCGGCUGGUCUCGCUGUUCGAAACGCUGGCUCGAAAGCACACGCGCCUGGAUGCGCAGCUUAAAGAGCCGGCCGAUAGCGCGGUGUUUGUCAACGUUUCAGCGACGCCAGAGGAUAUGCUGCAGGAUCUGAGCGUUUUGGAGGAGGUGCUGCGCAUGGUGCUGGAAAUUCUGAAUUCCUGCCUAACAAACCAACUGGUUUACUGUCCCAACUUAGUGUACACGCUUCUGUACAAGCGAAGCGUCUUCGAGGGCUUCCGCAGUCAUCACGCCUUCCAGGAUGUCAUUCAGAACAUCGAUAUGGUUGUUGGAUUUUUUUCUUCGCGGCUACAAAGAGUACAAGAGCAGCGAGGUGAGCUCGGCGUCAACGAAGUGCUUGAGGUUAUUUCCAAGGGCGCUAGUCAGUGGUCCAGCGAUCGGCUAAGGAAGUUUCCGGAUCUUAAGUUUAAGUACGUCGAGGAGGACGCUCCCGAGGAGUUCUUCAUUCCAUAUGUGUGGACGCUGGUCUGCAAGUACGGCUGCGUGCACUUCAGCUCUGAAAGUAUCAAGAGCGUGACCACGGACAUUGCCUGCUAAUAUUUACUACUUGCUCCCUUCCUUACACGCGCACACACUCGGCUCCGCUUUGGUUUCCACCCUUCGAUGCUUCUCCGUUUGUGUUCCGUGCCGGGCUAUACAAUCUUUAUGCUACCGUCUAAGCCAUAUUCCACGCCCCAUCCUCUAAUUCAAGCCAAAAUGUCGAAAUGUUAUAUUAAACACAAAAACAAAGCAAGCGAAAUGCUGCGCUAAAUAAGAGGCAUAUGCAUCUCGAACGUUGACGAUAAAAUGAAACAAAGCAAAACGAGAGAACUAACGAUAAUACUUAGAUCUAGUUACGCUAAUACUAAUUGUAUAUGUUUACAUGGUCAUAUUUUGCUACGCUAACAACAGAGAGCAUAAUUAGAGGAAAGUUAAGCUCCGUACGCCUAUCAAUCGAUUGUUCUAAUCAACGGAAAGAAACAAAUCCAAUAAAAAGUAUAUAUACAUAUUAAAGAAUCGGAAUAUAUAUUCAAAAAUAUAUUUACAUUGUGUAUUUUAGUCUAUGAUAAUUAUAUAUUAUUGUAUUUAGCAAUUGGAAAAGUCGAUAAAUUAUAUAGUAACUAAAGUUCA